AUGAAGCCGAUAAGGAGAAAGAAUAAUGUCUCAAGAGAAAUCAGUAUUUCUUGUACAAAGAAAAUUCAAAAACAAAAAAAGAGUGACCCAAAAUUUACAGAUGAUGAGACUAGUCUUCCAAUAAAUUCAACAAAGACUAUUGAUUGGCUUCCCAAUGAUUUAAUUGUGGAUAUACUAGCUCAUGUUGCUACCAUAUCAAUUUCUGAUUUUUUCAAUGCUAAAUUAAGUUGGAAAUUGUUUAAUAAAUUAGCCAAAGAUAAUGAUCACUAUAUUUAUAAUAAACUAUCACUUGAUGAGCUUUCUUGUCACCCAUGGGAUUUGUACAUGUCCAAGGAAGCAACUACCCUCUUCACGAAAUGCCUCAACAGUCAAAAUUCAGAAGCCAUGUAUCGAGUAGGAGUGACUGAAUACUUGAAUUUUCACAAGAAAAAGAAGUCCGGUAUGGAAUUGUUAGAAAAAGCUGCCAAUGCAGGUCAUCUUGGAGCUUCUUAUUUUAUGGGUAUCAUCUUAAUUUGUAAAGAAGAAGAUGAAAGUGAUGAUGAAACAAAGCAAAGUGGUAUUAGGCAUGGAAUACAAUUGUUGGGUCGUAUUAAAACAAGUGCCCAAAUGAGAGAAUGUCGUGAGAAAUUGAAGCAUAUAGUUCAAAAAUUAUGGCUUACUCAAAAUCAUAACUUUCUCAUUCCAAAGUUAUUUCAGUGCCAAUUUCCAAACCGGAAACCAAAUUCGUGGCCUUUGUUGGAUGAUUAUUCGCAUACGUUAUGUUGCAACACAUGCCGAUUUAACUAUGAAAUUGUUUAUGUUUGCAAUUUAGUAGCUGGUACUUCUUUGUUUUCAUGUCAAACUUGUCAACAAUAA